AUGUCUGAACAACAAGGACGAAAGAUCGCCAUUGUCGGUGCUAGCGGCAACAUUGGCGGCCUCACCCUCAAUGCCCUCCGCGAGAAGGGCAUUCACACCAUCACCGCCGUCGCCCGUGCAGGAUCCUCCGCUACAUUUCCCUCCGACGUGAUUGUCAAGAAGGGCGACUACUCGGAUGAGUCCUUCCUCGUCUCGGCCUUCCAGGGCCAGGAUGUUGUCGUUCUUCAACUCAGCUUCGAUAGCUUCAUGGCCGGCCAGGCGCCCCUCAUCCGCGCGGCGGCCAAGGCAGGUGUCAAGUGGGUCCUUCCCACAGAGUUCGGCUCCGACCUGGCGCCGUCCAAGCUCCUGGAUGCCAGCCCCCUGGUUGCGGGUAAGAAGCAGUUCCGCGAUCUGAUUGAGGAGCUGGGCAUGAGCUGGGUCGCCAUCAUUAACAACCCCUGGUUCGACUGGUCCCUUGCGCAGGGCUUCUGGGGUAUCGACAUCAAGAACCGUUCGGCGAAGCUGUUUGAUGGUGGCAAGACCAAGUUCAUCACGACCACUCUUGGCACUACCGCCAAGGGGACCGCAGGUGUUUUGAGCCUUCUAGAGUCGGAGCCUGAGGCACUUCGGAACAAGCCGGUCUACCUCAAGUCAUUUCACAUCUCACAGCGGGAUAUGCUCGACAGCAUUUUGCGUGCGACGGGCACGGAGGAGAAGGAUUGGAAGGUUGAGGUUCUGGACGCCGCAGCUGUUGUUGCCGAUUGCGAGGAGAAGUUCAAGCAGGGCGAUCACCUUGCCAUGUUGACUGGGUUCUACGUCAACCAUAUGCGCGAGGGCUGGGGAGGUGAUUACAAUGCCAAGGCCUUUGAUAUCGCUAAGCUUGGCGUUGCGGAGGAGAAUUUGGAUGAGGUUGUCAAGAGGGUUGUGAAAGAGGUUGAAGGCCAGUGA